AUGAAGGCCUCCUUCUCUACCCUCCUCGUCCUCGCCGUCGGCGCCCAGGCCAACACGCCACCUGUCAAGGUCUCGACCUACGACGCCCUGAACGCAGCCGUUCUCAACGGCGACCACAAGAUCUUGGUGGAAAGCGAUAUCACCUUCGCCGCCCCUAUUGAGAUCCCCGCGGGCAAGAACAUCCGAAUCUACGCGAAAAAAAACGCCCGGCAGACGCUCGACGGCAACGGCGAGACGCAGCUCUUCCGCGUCGACGGGACGCUCACGCUCCAACACCUCGUGCUCGCGGAGGGCUACGCGACGAACGGCUUCUGCUCGUACACCGAAAACUCCGGCGAGGCCUGCGGCGGCGGCGCCGUGCACGUCGACGUGGACGCGCACCUCAUCGUCGACGGCUGCGCCUUCCGGGACUCGCAGGCGCGCUACGGCGGCGCGAUCUACACCUACGGCGGCGCCGUCGACGUCUCCGGCUCGACGUUCGCGGAGAACGGCGCCUACGAGGCCGGCGGCGCCGGCAACCGCGCGCGCACCGAGGGCGCGGCGAUCUACGUCCGGAACCUCGGCGAGGCCGUCGUCGCCGCGACGACCUUUUCGGGUAACCAAGCGGACUGCGACGGCGUCGUGACGACGGGCCGCUACUCCUGCGUCGAGGGCCUCGACGACGUCCAUCCGGCGUCGGACCGCGCGGUCGUCGACUGCCGCGACGACUGCCCGGGCGGGAGCGUCGGCGCGUGCGCGCCCGUCGGCGACGGCGUCUGCCAGAGCUGCGCCUGCGAGCUCGAGACGGGCGCGUCGACGGCCCUGGUCCUCGAGGACGUGAACCCCGGGGCCUUCAAUGCGAACGCGGACGCGCGCGCGGCGUUCGAGGCGGACGUCGGCGGCCGCCUCGGCCUCGUCGUCGACGGCGUCAACGCCAUCGACUGGGUCGUCGCGUCGCCCCUCGCGGUCCACGACUACGGCUACACGGACGACACGAAGGUCACCUUCGGCGUCGCCGGCGACGCGGACGCGCUCCUCGCGGCGCUCCUCGAGGCGCUGAACGUCGGCGGCAUCCCCGGCUGGGCCGUGGACCUCGGGCCGCUCGGCGCGGCGCCCGUCGACGUCGCCGCGUCGCGCGAGGCGGCGGAGACGGAGACCUUCGACCGCACGGAGCCCGGCGACACAGCCGUCGCGUCGUCGGCGAUCGUCGUCGACGGCCUCGACGCCGCGGACGUCGACGCGGACGGCGCCGUGCUCGAGGGCCUCGCCGCGGCCGUCGCACUCGCCAUCGGCGCCGCGCCGAACCAGGUCGCCAACGUCGCCGCCAAGUGGUACCCGGCCUACGAGGGCACGGACCUCUACACGAAUUUGGCGUCCACGGUCCACUUCGACGUCGCCGUCCGCGCGUGGCCGUGCGCGUGGCCGACGAAGCACUGGAGCAGCGACUCCUUCACGGACGCCGCGGGGCUCGAGGCCGCGCUCGAGGCGGCCCUCGACGGCGGCGGCCUCGCGGCGGCCGUCGCGAACGAGCGCGCGCUCCGCACCGCCGUCCUCGACGAGGCCGCGACGCGGACCGCGAUCGCCGCGCAGACGUCCGCGGGGCCCCACGGCCGGGUGACGCGCGCGACCUCGUCCGCCGUCGUCCUCUCGGGCGUCUCCGCGGCGGCCUUCGCCGACGACGGCGACGCGGCCGGCGCCUUCGCCGAGGCGCUCGCCGACGCGCUCGCGGUCGACGCGGGCGCCGUCUCCGCCGUCGAGGCGACGGCGCCCGGCGCCUACGGGUCGCAGCGGGCGCAGGUCGCCUUCGAGCUCGACGACCGGCGCGACGCGCGCCUCGUGCUCGACGACCUCUACCGCGUCGCGCUCGUCGACACGACGCUCAACGACUACCUCCGCGAGUCCGACGUCGCGGCGCUCCGCGGCGCGGCCAUCGACUGGGGGGAGACGACGCGGUCCCUCGAGACGCUGACCUUCACGCACGCCAAGGACGACGGCACGCCCGCCUCGGCGACGCACGCGAUCGUACUCGACGGCGUCGCCCCCGACGUGCUCGCGGCCGACGCCGACGCGCUGCGGGCCUUCGCGACGUCCUGCGCCGCGGUGCUCGGCGCGUCGCACCUCCAGGUCUCGGGCGUGACGUCGACGGCCUACCACUACGUCGCCGGCGACGAACUGUGGGUCGAGUCCUGCCCGACGCUCGAGGCGCUCCCCGAGGACUCGGCGCUGUGCCCCGACGACCUCGACCUCGACGCGUGCGACGCGCCGGGCCGCGCGAUCGGCGACCUCUGCGAGGGCGACGGCGAGUGCGGCACGGACAAGCACCUCGACAACUGCGGGAACGCCGACGACAAGAACGCGGACAUCUACCGCGUCGUCGCGGACGUCUACCGCGGGCCGGCGCACGCGGGCGUCGUGCCCCGCGGCGCGCUCGUCGCCUUCGACGUCGCGCUGCGCGCGUGGCCCGCGCGGUCGACGCCCCUGCGCACGGCCGGCGCGACCAAGGCCGCGCUCCUCGGCGCCCUCGACGGGCCCUUCGCGGACGCCUUCCGCAAGUACGGCGCGGGCACGGCGCUCGCCGGCGCCGCGAUCAACUUCGUCGGCUCCGUCGCCGCGCUCGACGGCGAGGCC